GGAAAUUAUGAACUCGUGAGACAAGCGAUCAGAGAAUGUCUUCCAAAACCAGAUUAUGAUGAUGGGUCUAUUGGCCCCAACAUGGUUAGGUUUACCUGGCAUUGUUGUGCCCAUUUUGACCGUGAAUCAGGUACCGGUGGAUGUAAUGGGGGUACAAUGAGAUUCGCGCAAGAAUUCAAUGAUCCCGGGAAUACAGGGCUGCACACUGCUAAAUCGUAUCUGGAUCAAAUUCACGAGAAAUAUUCUUGGAUAUCUUUUGCUGAUUUGUAUACAUUAGGAGGGGUGGUGGCUAUUGAAGCCAUGGGGGGACCAAAGAUUGAGUGGAAGCCAGGAAGAACAGAUUGUCCAGACUCCAGCAAAGUGCCUCCGAUGGGAAGACUUCCAUUGGCUACAAAAGGUACUGAACACAUUCAUGAAGUGUUCACUCAACGGCUUGGAUUCAAUGAUCAGGAACUUGUUGCGUUGAUCGGUGGUGGCCACACCUUGGGUGGGUGCCACGUGAAGUUUAGUGGAUUUGACGGCAGUUGGACUCCCCAUCCAAUCAAGUUUGACAAUGAGUUUUUCAAAGUGUUACUGGAGGAUACGUGGAGCCUCGAGCAAGUCCCUCUGACGGGCAUGCCACAGUAUUACAACUCCGAUCACAGCUUGAUGAUGUUGAUGACAGAUAUGGAGCUGAUCAAGAAUCCUACAUUCAAGUAUUGGAUUGAAGUGUAUGCAAAAGAUUCCGAGCUAUUUAUGAGAGACUUUGCUUCAGCGUUUGCCAAACUAUUAGAACUGGGAGUCAACAGAGACCCUGAUGGAAUUGCUCGAACGAAAAUUUAG